AUGCAAGGUCGGCACAGUAACGUUAUCGAAGGCUCCACUCCACCAGCAGACACCAUACAGGCGUUUUGCCGACAUCUUGGCGAGUUAUGUGACGUUUUAGCAUCUCCUUAUGAUGCGGAGGCUCUUGCACGGGCUGCCGCUAAUCAGGACUUGCAGGGCACAAACUGUAAUGUACUACUCCAUAAUGCUCUAUACAACUGGCUUGGCGAGCGCGUGGAGCUGUCUUUGGGUGAUGACGACAAGCCUGAAGAGGCCGGGAGGAGGGCUCGCGAAGCUGCUUUGGCAAAAAUUCAGAAGGAGGACAUGUUGUCUGAGUUUAUACAGGCGGUUGUUAGCACGUGUGCAAACACUGACACUGCGCUUGAGGUUCCGCGGGGCAAGCAGUCACUUAUGUUUGACCUACGCGGGCCGAUAGACUUACUGGGUCCCGAGGAGGUGGACAGCUUGUUGUCAGAGCUGACCACCAGUGAUUCUCCCAUUACGGCCCUAGAGGCGUUGUCCUCAGACGUGCACCUCCUGGAAGAUUUGUGCUUCGGACCCACAUGGCCACAGCUUUGCGAUGCCCUUGGCCGUCUGGUGUGCUUGCCGGCGGCCGCAGCCGCCACCGCGGCUAGGGGGGGACACAACCCCGGGGAGCCAGCGCAGCAGCUGGUGGCUUUACCCCGUCAGCAGCAGUUGUUACUAACUGUGCUGCAGGAGCUCGUUUCGUCCAGUGCCGUCAGCUCGCCGCCUCACGCGGCGGAGCUCCUGGAUGCCCUCGCGCCGUACUUGACGGCCCUUGUGCUGCGUCUGACCCUGCCGUCAGGCGACGACGGAGGCACAGAGACGUCCGCGCCCAGUUUGUUGGCCGCUGCGGCGGCGCUGGACUCGUUCGCUGUGGGCCUCACGCGCGUCGCGCAUCAGCUGCUUGCAGGCUUGGUGACGGAAUACCACAUAUUGCCGACCAGCUGUGCAGCGCUGGCGGCGAGGGCCGUCUGUGACGUGAUCCGUGCGGGACUGGCGCGCGGUGCACCGGCGCCGACACCGGUGCCGGCAGCGGCGGCAGGGAUGCGGAAGGAGGACCCCGUGGUGGUGGAUUUGUCAGCUUUGGACUUGCUCGUUCUGUUAGAUCCUGAGCUACGUUGGUGGCAGAGGCUGUGCGCCGCGACACAUGCAACACAGCCCGUGGCCCACGCAGCGGCGGCGACACAGCUUGCGGCGGCGUUAGAAGCGGCUCUCCAGGCGUGGGUGGCCGCUACCGCGGCUGCCGCCAGCAGCAGCAGCAGCAGCGGCAGCCACAUGGGGACAGUGGCGCAGUGUGGGGGCGUGGCAAGGAGUGGGGGCCGUUCGUCGACACACCUAGUAGCAUGUACUGCUUUGCUGGGCGGCCUGGCGCGAGCCAAUAAUCUUGCCUUGCUGGCCGUUGAGCCCAGGGACGGCGGGGGUGUUGGGGGCAACGCGUCUGGGUCUUCGCCACAGAAGUCGCCGCCUAUGGAUCCUGCAGCGGCGGCGGCAGCCACGCAGAACCAGCUGCUGCGCCUUCAGCGGAUGUUGGGCUAUUUAGUCAACUGCUUUUGCGUUGCGUUGGAUAAGCCCUGGCUCCUGCAAUCCAACGGGCGCCCACCGGCAGCAGCGGCGACAGUGGCGGCGGCUGUCGGAGCAGCCAAUACGACCAGCGGCGGCACUGUCUUUCUGCUCCUCGCCUCCGACGUAUUAAGCGUGGCGGCCGCAAACGGUGCGCUGUCGCUCCUGACGCUGACGGGUGCCAGCACCGGCAGCAGUGCCGCUAUGGGCAGCGCCGGCGGUAGUGGUUUGGUGCCUCUGCUUCAGACCAUGCUGCGCGCAGCGGCCACGACGGCCUGUGCCACCAUCCCCAUCGCCACCGCCGCCACGGGCGUUGUCCAGGGCUCCAGCAGUGCUGCGUUCGCUACGGCAUCUUCGCAGGCGGAGACGUGGCUGGGAGCGGCGGCGCGGAUUCUGGGCGCAGCAGCGGACUAUGCGGCGCUCACCGCCGCUGGCACCGGCUCCACCUCUGCAGCUGGGACAGGGGCAGCGGUCAUGCCUUCCCGAGAUCCACAGGGCCAGUCGGCUACGGCAGAGGCUAUGUGCGGCCUGUUGCGGCACAUGGCCGGUCGCGUAAGGGGCUGCGCCUCCGCCUCCGCCAGUGCUGCACCGCGCUGGACGGUGCAGGUCGUGCGCGCAGCGGUGCAAUUGGUGGCCUCGUGGCCGCCGGUGGCAGCGUCGCUGAACGACUUUUACGACACGCUUCACGCUGUGCUGGCCAGCAGGGCAGCGGUGGCAGCGGGUGGCCGGUCGGGGCUCGUUUCCCAAGCGCAGCAGUCGGCAUCGUCGACACAUGCGGCUGUAUGUAGGAGCGCUAGUGGCGGCGGCAGUGGUGGCAGAGGAAGCAGCAGUGGCCACGGGACGGGAUCGGGAUCCGUGCCGCGAUUUGCGCUCCUUGACCUCCUGGAUGGCGGCGGAGCUUCGGCGGCGGUCGCGAGUGGGCAUGUUCGACAUGGGGACUCGAAGGAUGCAGCCUUUGUGCCACCUCCCAUCCUAGACGAUUUAGAGCUGUUGGCCGCUGAGACAGUCAUAUCGUACUGCCGUACGGAUUUUGAGGGCAGCGGUGGCGCUGCCACCGUUGCUGUCAAUGAUGCUGAGGGUCGCUACGCGUCGGCGUUGCCGGUAGUGUGGUCGCCGCCGCUGCGGCUACAGUUGCCGGCAGGGUUGCAACGGCAAGUUUUCUUGGAAUGUGCGGCCAGGUGGCUUUGUGCGGAGUACGAUAGCGCUGGGGCCGCAGCACCUGGCGGCGGCAGUGGCCGCAGUGUAAGCCGCACAUUCAGCGUAAAACUUACGGCAGCGAAGCGUCGGGUGGCACACAAGGCAGAGGCUCUGGCAUGCUGCUGCCCGGCAGGACAACAGGCAUUGCUGGCGGCAGUGCUGCUUGCUUCCGGAAAACCCAUUCCCAUUAUCGCUACCACGAACACGGCAGGCUUCGCCCGGCGCGUUCUGGUUGACGUGACGGCAGUUCUAUGCUCUGGUGAGUACGAAUCGCCGCACCUCGAGCCACUGCCAUAUGCUGACUCGCUGGCGGGUCUUAGUGCCAUCCUGGCGGACGUACUGUGCUGGCCGGGGCUGCUACAGCUGCCUCAGGAGGAAGAUGGCGGAAGGGGAAAGUCGGAGGGUGCGAAGGAGGGGAAAGGCGGCGAGAACACCGCAGCGGCAACGGCACCAUCACCAGGCGGCGUGCUGCCCUCUAUCCAGUCGCAACAUCGGAAGGAGGUGCUGGCGUUGUUACAGGAGUUGGUAACCUGGCUGGACCCGCGUGGGCGUGAGGGCAAGGCCCUGCCCCCGGACGAUGCGGCGGCCGUGUCCCUUCGGGCCUUCUUGGCGCUGGUGACUGUGGAUCCCACAGCGGGGGCCGCUCUGGAACGGGACACCAACAUUAGGUGGUACCUCCAGAGUCUCUGUGGCACGUUGCCUGAGGUUGAGGAUCAGGAGGGCGCGACAUCGCGCUCGCCACCUGCAGCCGCUGCUGUCUGUGGAGACGCGCUGCGCAGCGCACGGCAACAACAAAUGCCGCAACUACCACAGCCGCCGCAGUCCGAUAUGGUACUGGAUAUGGCUCGAAAGGUUCUGCUGGCGAUUACACGGUCCGCCACAGUGCAGUAG